AUGUACAUUUUAGUAGAGCUGGAGCGAAACGUAGAGGUGCACCCAAAAUAUUUCGGCAACAGGCUCGACGAAAGAAUCUGCCAACAGCUGGCAGCUGACGUGGAAGGGCGGCAGUUGUUGGGGGCGUGCGGGGCCGACGUUGGAAUCCCCGAGGGAGUGGUGGUGGCAGUACACAGGGUUGAGGCAAUAGAGGAGGGAGAGCUGCCCGUAAACGGAACGGGCCGCGCCGUCUUCCACGUCAUCUUCACGGCCAUCAUGCUGACUGUGCUUAAGCACGAAGUCGUGGAAGUUGAGGUGGAGAAAGUGAACAAACUGGGCUUACUUUGCGUGGCGGGGCCCAUUGAGCUUUUCGUUUCCAUCUAUAAUAUGCCUCAUUAUUUGCAGUUUGAUAAUACUGCUGUGUCGCCGUGUUUUUCGAAUUCGACGGGUGAUGUUAAAAUAGAAAAGGAUACGGUGGUGCGGGUCAGAAUAAUGGGCUCCGUUAUAAAUUCCAAUGGCAUCAAGUGCACUGCUUCAAUAGAGGGUGAUUAUUUGGGGCUCAUUCCUCAUUCGGACACCUAUUAA